UUAGCCGCAAACCCCAAUCCAAUCGAAUUCAACACGAAAAACAACCAAAGCAGCAAGCGAAGCCGGGACACUGCUGGAGUGAGCAAAUCCCCGCUCGAAUCCGGGGCACCAAGAAUGGCCAUGGCGGCCGUGGGCAUCGGCGGCGGCGGCGGCGGCGCGCUGGGCCUCCUCGCGCCGCGCCGCCGCGCCGCCUCCUGGAGCGGCGCAGGUGGCGCGGCUGCGGCGGCGGCGCGGCGGCGGCCGCUGGUGGCGGUGGUGCGCGCGUCGUACGAGGCCGGGGUCGGGGUGAUGGCGACCAAGGUCGGGAUGAUGACCUACUUCGACCCGGCCACCGGCAAGCCGGUGCCGGUGACCGUCGUGGGGUUCCGGGAGGGCGGCAACGUGGUGACGCAGGUGAAGACGGCGGCCACCGACGGGUACGACGCCGUGCAGGUGGGGUACCACGGCGUCCGCGAGGAGAAGCUCACCCGCCCGGAGCUCGGCCACCUCGGCAAGGCCGGCGCGCCGCCGCUCCGCCACCUGCAGGAGUUCCGCCUCCAGUCCGUCGACGGGUACGACCCCGGCCAGCCGCUCGACUUCGCCGACAUGUUCAAGGAGGGCGACCUCGUCGACAUCUCCGGCAAGUCCAUCGGCAAGGGGUUCCAAGGUGGCAUCAAGAGGCACAACUUCAAGCGAGGGCUGAUGACCCACGGCUCCAAGAGCCACAGAGCUCUGGGAUCGAUCGGUGCCGGGACGACGCCGGGUCGGGUGUACAAGGGGAAGAAGAUGCCCGGGAGGAUGGGAGGAACCAAGACCAAGAUCAGGAAGCUCAAGAUCGUCAAGAUCGACAACGACCUGAAAGUUGUCAUGAUCAAGGGCGCCGUUCCAGGGAAGCCCGGGAACCUCCUCCGCAUCGCUCCUGCCAAGAUCGUCGGCAAGAACAUCCCCAAGAACUAGACUAUUUUUCUCAUGUGUUUCGUCCUGUUCUGUGAGAUUUGUGAUCUGUUGUUUACUGAAUUACUGUAAAUUGGAGAUGUUCUUUGCCCAUGUCCAGGUUUUGUAUACGCGUAACUUUGAAUUUCGUAAAGCUAAUUUUUUUUCUACUCAAUCU